UCAAAAAUGAGUAACCGAUAGUAAUCGCGAUCAACUGAGUAAAAGCACCUCAUUGUCAUCAAGCGAGCUUACUCAGUUUGCGCCAACUCUUCGCGGUCGACGAAACUGAGUUGUCGUUACUCAUCGACUGAGUAGAAUUUUUUCUCAGUGUACAAUAUAGUGCGCAAUUUCCAAUAGCGAAAUCCAUCCUGCUACCCGCCACGCGUGGCGCUGUUGUCGCAGUGGUGAUGGAAAUAAAAACCAGCUGUCAUGCGCGUCGGCUUCCAAAUUUUCAAAUUUAAAAUUGAAAAAAAAGUGCUUUUUCGUCAAAUUUAUCGCUGAAAAACACCCUGAAGUUGUAAGGAAAGUGAAAUAGAUUCGAAUGGACUGCUGCAUAAUCCCAGGUUGCGCGGGCGAGAGACCACUUUUCCGAGUUCCGAAUGCAGGAAGUAAUGUAUUCCGGCGGUGGAAGAAAGUUGCUCCGGUAUACGGAACCGGCACCGAGCGGAUAUGCUCGCAUCAUUUUACAAAACACGAUUUUCAAAAAAAUAUCCGGAAGAAGCUGAAGACCAGUGCGACCCCGUCGAUCCAGUUGCCAGCUGUGAGCAUGAAGGCAGCAACAAAAUCGGGCUGCUGCAUUAUUGGCUGCCGGUCCAAAGAUUUGAGGAAGAUGGAAAGGUUUCCCUCAUCAACUUCGCCAGCAUGGAAGAAGUGGGUCGAGCUACUUGGCUGUAAAGACACCAGUACAAUAGGCUGGAGGAUAUGCCGGAACCACUUCAAAGAUGACGCAUUUACUACAGUAACAUCGAUCUAUUUGAAAAGUAAUUCCGUCCCAACCAAGAAGCUGUCAAGACCUGUAAAGACGGUAGCAGUCCAUCGCAGAAGAGUCAUAGAGACGCCAAUUCCAGAGUGUCUGAUUGACCAUAACUAUUCUACCGAAAAUCUACAACCAAAAAGCAACAGAAUGUGCUCCGUGUUUGGUUGCACUGCAAAGACGAGCAAAGGCGUGUUUCUUCACAAAUUUCCGAAAGAAAUAAGCAUGUUAAAAGUAUGGAUGCAUGCUAUUAAAACAGGGAAAACUCCGACAAAAAACUCCUACGUUUGCAGCCAACACUUCCACGACAGUGAUUACAGCACCGGAACGAAUGUAUUGAGGAAAUGUGCAGUGCCUUCUCGUAAUAUCCCUCAAACAUUCUUACAAGAAGUUCAGUCGCGUACCAGUGACCCCUACAAGCGAAUCUUUAAAUCCUUCCGAAAAACAAAGAAGGAUGUCGAACACCACUCAGAUGGUAGUCAUAACCCACAAGAAAGUUCAUCGCUGGAAACUUCCAAAUUACUCAACAGCGUCGUUGAGUCUGGGCCGUCUGGACUGUGUGCUGUAGAUAAAUCCACCUUUGAGUUUAUUACGGAAGCUUCGCUAAACAGGAACACGGAGGCAGGCCCUUCUGAAGUGUGCACCGAAGAGAUCUCUACCAAUAGCGAAAAUCAGACGAAUCCCCUGAACUGCUUUGAAAAAGACCACAUACAUCAAGACGAGAACACCGAAGCAAUGAUGGAUUCAAAUGUUCUUGAAAAGACUCUUCAAACCCACGGCAUUGCCAUCCUGAGCGAUUUUUUAAUAACAGAAAAACACAUAACUACAUGGACGGGAAUUCCAUCUUUGAAGCUGUUGGAAGUUUUAUGUGCAAUGGUCAAAACUAUGGAAGACAACGUCUACCCGAAAAAGUAUAAAAUGCAUGCAACCGAUCGUGUUAUACUGACAUUGGUGAAAUUGAAGCAGAAUUUAUCAUUCGCCGCACUGUCCACAGUUUUCAGUAUAUCGCCCACAACAGUCGCAGAAUAUUUCUCUUAUACUGUCCAAGUGCUUGCAGAAGUUCUAGGAACUAUGGUGUAUAUGCCGUCGCAACAAGAAAUCAAAAAGAACAUUCCUCAUUGCUUCAAAGGGAAAUUCGAAAAAGUUCGUUGCAUUCUCGAUUGCACGGAAAUGAGUAUUGCAUCACCAAACUGCUUAAACUGUAGGAUCGCUUGCUACUCCAAUUACAAACAUAAACGCACGGUCAAAUUUCUACUGGGUGUUACUCCAGCUGGCCUUAUCAGCUUCUGCAGCCGUGGAUAUUCCGGGAAGUCGUCGGAUAAGUAUAUUUUUAUAAAGGAAAACUUCAUCGACAAGCUUGAAAAACAUCAUGAUGAAAUUAUGGUGGAUAAAGGCUUCGCCAUAGAGAAAGAGUGCGCUGAGAACGGAAUUCGUUUGCAUAUUCCGCCUUUCUUACGAGAAGACAGGUUAAGGGCAGAAGACGCCAUAUUAAAUGAAUCCAUAGCCAAAGCUCGUGUGCACGUAGAACGUGCAAUUGAAAGAGUAAAAAGGUUCGGAGUUCUGCGGGGUAGCGUUGAUGCGAGCGUGCUAAGGCAUAUCGACGACAUUAUGAUGAUUGCUUGUGGGAUUGUAAACCUGACGGCACCGAUCCUGAAAGAUGAUAAGUUUUGACGUAAUGAAUUGUUGGUAAGUAAUUCAGUUUUCAUUAUACAGGGUGUUAGGUUCCUGAGUGCAAACUUUUUAAAGGGUGAUGGAGGACCAUUAAUGUUGAAAAAAAUUGUUCUACGCAUAUGGUCAAAUCUCAACCGUUACGUAGUUAUUGAACUUCCCAUGUUUUUGACUCUUAUUGCCUUAACUGGCUAUAACUUGAAAAUUGUCAAACGUAUUGUAGUUUUUUGGCCCUUAUUCGAAAGAUUAUUGAAUUUUCUAUCAAAUGGCAUCUUUGAAUCGAUUGGUUUAGUUAAAUAACUAAGUUUUCUAGAGCAUAAUAGCUAAAAAUAGUUUGUUUUAUUUUGUUUUUGUCAAUUAUCUUUGAAACAUGCGUAAUAAAUUAAAAUUCUUUCUUUGGCAAAGUUGUGGCCCCUAUUACACUCUACAAUUCGUUAUUUGACACCAAACUUCUAACUCUUAUCGUUUUCUUGAAAUUUUGAUUUAAAUGUGCGGCACGGUGCGAAAAAAUGUGCUUACCAUGACAGUUGCUAAUUUAUGAUCUGAAAUGCGAUGUUUUAAUCGAAAUUGCAAGAAAACGAUAUGAGAUAGAAGUUUGAUGUCAAAGAACGAAUUGUACAGUGGAACAGGGGCCAUAACUUUGCCAAAGAAAGAAUUUUAAUUUAUUACGCAUUUUCCAAAGAUAAUUGACAAAAACAAAUUAAAACACUACUGUUGAGCUAUUUGCUCUAGAAAAUUUAGUUAUUUAACUAAACUAAUCGAAUCAAGAGGCCAUUUGAUAGAAAAUUCAAUAAUCUUUCGAAUAAGGGUAAAAAAACUGCGAUAAGUUUGAUCAUUUUCAAGUUAUAGCCAGUUAAGGCAUUAAGAGUAAAAAACAUGAGAAGUUCAAUAACUACGUAACGGUUGAGAUUUGACCAUAUGUGUAGAAAAUUUUUUUUCACCAUUUAUGGUCCUCUAUCACCCAUUAAAAAGUUUGCACUCAGGAACCUAACACCCUGUAUUUUACUUGACUAUGAGUGUUUCCGGUGUAGUUCAACAUACAAUACUAAUAAAUAAUAUUGAUUUUAUUUUAUUCUAAUCAACGCCAGCACUACGAAUGCCACCUCAAUCAACUAGUAUCAGCAUAUUGUACUCACAGAAAUACCUAUUAUAGGUAGAAUAGAAAAAAAUCGUUACACUCAGUUGAAAGCGUAGCAUACGUUCACAUGAAAGUAUAUGUUGUAAAGUACAAAUAAAGUAAAAAACAAAACCCAAAA